CCGGGCGGCGCGGCGCGGCCUGAACCGCCGGCGAUGGCGAGCCCUCCUCCGCCGGGGCCUCCCGGGCCGGCGGGCGGCGACGGCCCGAACCUCAACAACAACAACAACAACAACAACCACCACGGCGUGCGCAAGUGCGGCUACCUGCGCAAGCAGAAGCACGGCCACAAGCGCUUCUUCGUGCUGCGCGGCCCCGGCGCGCCGGGCGGCGGCGAGGAGGCCCCGGGCCCGGGGACGCCGCCGCCGCAGCCCCCGCGGCUCGAGUACUACGAGAGCGAGAAGAAGUGGCGGAGCAAGGCGGGCGCCCCGAAGCGGGUGAUCGCGCUGGACUGCUGCCUGAACAUCAACAAGCGCGCCGACGCCAAGCACAAGUACCUGAUCGCCCUCUACACCAAGGACGAGUACUUCGCCGUGGCGGCCGAGAACGAGCAGGAGCAGGAGGGCUGGUACCGCGCGCUCACCGACCUGGUCAGCGAGGGCCGCGCGGGCGACGCGGCCAGCGCCGGCUCCUGCAGCGGCUCCCUGCCCGGCGCCCUGGGGGGGGGCUCGGCCGGGGCGGCGGCGGCGGCGGGGGCGGCCGCCGAGGACCACUACGGCCUCAUCGCGCCCGCCACGGCCGCCUACCGCGAGGUGUGGCAGGUGAACCUGAAGCCCAAGGGCCUGGGCCAGAGCAAGAACCUGACGGGCGUGUACCGCCUGUGCCUGUCGGCGCGCACCAUCGGCUUCGUGAAGCUCAACUGCGAGCAGCCGUCGGUGACGCUGCAGCUGAUGAACAUCCGCCGCUGCGGCCACUCGGACAGCUUCUUCUUCAUCGAGGUGGGGCGCUCGGCGGUCACGGGCCCCGGGGAGCUGUGGAUGCAGGCCGACGACUCGGUGGUGGCGCAGAACAUCCACGAGACCAUCCUGGAGGCCAUGAAGGCGCUCAAGGAGCUCUUCGAGUUCCGGCCGCGCAGCAAGAGCCAGUCGUCGGGGUCGUCGGCCACGCACCCCAUCAGCGUCCCCGGCGCGCGCCGCCACCACCACCUGGUCAACCUGCCCCCCAGCCAGACGGGCCUCGUGCGGCGCUCGCGCACCGACAGCCUGGCCGCCACCCCUCCCGCCGCCAAAGGCGGCUCCGCCUCCUGCCGGGUCCGCACGGCCAGCGAGGGCGACGGCGGGGCCGGGGUCGGGGCGGCGGCGGGGGCGGGGGCCGGCGCGGCGGGGGUCAUCGGGGCGGCGGCGGCCGGCCGGCCGGUGUCGGUGGCCGGCAGCCCGCUGAGCCCCGGGCCGGUGCGCGCGCCCCUGAGCCGCUCGCACACCCUGAGCGGCGGCUGCGGCCGCGCGGGCCGGGCGGCGCCGGCGGCCCCGGCAGGGGGCGCCCUGCAGCACAGCCGCUCCAUGUCCAUGCCCGUGGCGCGCUCGCCCCCCGCCGCCGCCGCCACCAGCCCCGGCAGCCUGUCGUCCAGCAGCGGGCACGGCUCGGGCUCCUACCCGCCGCCCCCGGGCCCGCCCCCGCUGCACCUGCCGCCCCCGCUGCACCUGCCCCCCGGCCCGCGCCCCUCCAGCGGCAGCGCCUCCGCCUCCGGCUCCCCCAGCGACCCCGGCUUCAUGUCCCUGGACGAGUAUGGCUCCAGCCCCGGCGACGCCAGGCUCCCGUGCAGCCGCCGGAGCAACACGCCCGAGUCGAUCGCGGAGACGCCCCCGGCCCGCGACGGCAGCGCCGGCGACCUGUGCGGCUACAUGACCAUGGACCGGGCGCCCGGCGCCUGCGGCCGCCCCUACCGCAGGGUGUCCGGGGACGCGGCCGACCCCGGCGGCGGGCUCCGGAAGCGGACCUACUCGCUGACCACGCCCGCCCGGCAGCGCCCCGCGCCGCAGCCCUCCUCCGCCUCCCUGGACGAGUACACCCUCAUGCGGGCCACCUUCUCCGACAGCUCCGGCCGCCUCUGCCCGCCCUUCCCGGCGUCCUCGCCGCGGCUGGCCUACCACCCCUACCCGGAGGACUACGGGGACAUCGAGAUCGGCUCCCACCGGAGCUCCGGCAGCAGCAGCCACCUGGGGGCGGCGGAUGACGGCUACAUGCCCAUGACCCCCGGCGCCGCCCUCCUCGGGGGGCCCCUGGGCCGGCCCGGCGGCAGGGGCGACGACUACAUGCCCAUGAGCCCCACCAGCGUGUCCGCCCCCAAGCAGAUCCUGCAGCCCCGGGCCGCCGCCCCGCCCCCCGCGGGGGCCGCCGUGCCCCCCGCGCGCCCCUCGCCCGUCCCCGCCGCCGGCAGGACCUUCCCGGCCACGACGGGCGGCGGCUGCAAGGCCGAGAGCUCCCCGGACGACAGCGGCUACAUGCGCAUGUGGUGCGGGGCCAGGCCGCCCCCCGCCGAGAGCGCCGACCCCAAGCCGCUCCCCAACGGGGACUACCUCAACAUGUCCCCCAGCGAGGCGGGCCCCGCGGGCACCCCGCCCGAGUUCUUCGAGGACGGGCCCAGGGGCGCGCCGCCGCCGGGCUUCUGCUACAGCUCGCUGCUGCCCCGCGCCCCCAAGGGCCCCUGCCCCUGCGGGGGCGGCGGGGGCGGCGGGGACAGCGACCAGUACGUGCUCAUGAGCUCCCCCGUGGGGCGCAUCCUGGAGGAGGAGAGGCCCGGGGGCGCGCGGCCUCCCCCCGCCCAGCCAGCAGUGCCUUCGUCCGCCAGGCCCGGGGCCGCGGGCGGCCCGCGCGGCCGGGCCGUGCGCCCCACGCGCCUGUCCCUGGAGGGGCUGCACCCCCUGCCCAGCAUGCGCGAGCACCCCCUGCCCCCCGAGCCCAAGAGCCCCGGCGAGUACAUCAACAUCGACUUCGGGGAGGGGGGGCCCCGGCCCCCGCCGCCCCCGCCCCCGCCGCUGGGCUCGGCGGCCUCGUCCUCCUCGCUGCUGUCCGCCGGCAGCCCGGCCUCGUCCCUGGGCUCGGGCACCCCGGGCACCAGCAGCGAGAGCCGCCAGCGCUCCCCGCUCUCCGACUACAUGAACCUGGACCUGAGCUCGCCCCGGCCCGGCGGCGUCCGCGCGGGGCCCCUGGACGGCCUGCUGUCCCCGGAGGCCGCCGCGUCCCCGUGCCCGCCCCUGCCGCCCCGGCCCGCCGCCGCCUCGCCCGCCUCCUCGCCCGCCGCCCCCGGGGCGCCCUACCGCCGGCCCCCGGCCUCGGCCCCCGGCCCCCCCGGGGACGACUACACCGAGAUGGCCUUCGGCGUGGCCGCCACCCCGCCGCAGCCCAUCGCCGCGCCCCCCAAGCCCGAGGGCGCGCGCGUGAGCAGCCCCCCCACCUCCGGGCUGAAGCGGCUGAGCCUCAUGGAGCAGGUGUCCGGGGUGCAGGCCUUCCUGCAGGCCGGCCCGCCCGCCGACCCCCACCGCGGGGCCAAGGUCAUCCGCGCCGACCCGCAGGGCGGCCGCCGCCGCCACAGCUCCGAGACCUUCUCCUCCACCACCACCGUCACCCCCGUGUCCCCGUCCUUCGCGCACAACCCCAAGCGCCACAACUCGGCCUCCGUGGAGAACGUGUCCCUGCGCAGGGCCGGCGAGGGGGGCGGCCCCGGGGCGGGGGCCGCGGACGAGCCGCCCGCCACGCCGGCCCGGCCCACGCCGGCGCCGCCGCCCGGACCCCCCGCGCCCCACGCCCGCGCGUGGACCCCCGGCCUCAUCGGCUCCCCCCUGCGCAGAGAGACCUCGUCCGGGUUCCAGAGCAGCCUCAACUACAUCGCCAUCGACGUGAGGGACGAGCCCAGCCUCCUGCCCCAGCCGCCGGCGCCGCACCCCCAGCCCGGGGACAAGAGCUCCUGGGGCCGGACCCGCAGCCUCGGGGGCCUCCUCAGCGCCGUCGGGGGCGGCGGGGGUCCCGGCCCGGGAGCCCUGCCCGCCGCCAGCGCCUACGCCAGCAUCGACUUCCUGUCCCAUCACUUGAAGGAGGCCACCGUGGUGAAAGAGUGAAGCCCUCGUGGACCUGCGCGGCGCCUCUGGGUGGCACGCGGAGAACGUUCUGCUCCCGGGAGAGGCUCGGCGCGUCUCGACCCAAAGCUGCUUUCGCGUUCCCUUCCCAUCCCAGUGACUACAUCGCGAGACAUCUGUGAACCGUGCUAGACGAGGCACCCACCGACGCCACGAUCGCCUGCCGGCCGGCCUCACCCACUCCUCCGCGGGCCGCUCAUGGCUGCGCUGUGUGUGUGUGUGUGUGUGUGUGUGUGUGUGUUGCAUUUCGUUUUUGUUUCACGACUACGUUAGCAGAUGACGUCCCUCUCCCAGCAAGUCGGAUGUUUCCAUUGGCCUUAAAUGGUGGCCAGUGUCUUCAUGUCCUUCCUUUCGUUUCUACAAAGCAGGAUGUAUCCCUCAGCAUGCUGGGAGAUUCUCCAGCACCCACUAGAGUGGUAAAAUCUGGUAUCGACUGGCUUACACUCAAAACUACCACAGUCCUACCUCAGUUCAAGGUAAAAGCCGGAUUGCGGGUUGGGUGCGGCGGGACCUCCUGCGUCCCUGCCCCGGGGUGUCAGCGCGGCCCCGCCCCGAGUGCCCAAGAAGACUCGAGUCCGGCCGGGACCUGCCAUGUUUACUACGUGCGCACAGAGCCCAGUGUGGGACUGACAUUUCUCCACCGAGUGAAACCUGGGAUUGGACUUUGGAGAUGGAUGGCAAGCAAGAAGAAUUAGUAGAUGUAACUGAAGCAACCUACUUUUGAAAAAUCAUCAGCUGUACGGGAUCUGGGGGGGGUGGGGGGGUCUGGGAGGGGAUGAUUUACCUCUUUGUACCUUAGACUGGCUUGUUUAACCUUCUCUGUGUAGAUGUUCAUUGUAGGUACUUCGAAUCGCCGAAGCCUUUUCUCCUAUCCACGAGCUCCGAUGUCUCUGCUGCCCUGAAUCUGGGCCUGCAUCUUCUCUAACCAAAAAACUCGCGUAGGCAUGCU